AUGCAAUAUGCAAAACCUGCAGAAACCCCAAUGAUACAAAAUGAUUGUUUAAGUGACGAGAAUAAAAAAAAAAUCAACUUUCCUUAUAGAGAAGCAGUAGGCAGUUUACUAUACAUAUCGAGCAAAACUAGACCAGACAUAGCUUAUGCUGUUAGUUUUUGUAGUAGGAAAAUGGAGAAUCCGACUAGAAAUGAUGUAAAUAAUGUAAAACGAAUUAUGAGGUAUUUGAAAGAUACCAAAGCUGAUGGUAUUGUAUACAGAAAAACUACCCAGUUAGAAAUUGCAGCAUACAGUGAUUCAGAUUUUGCUGGUGAUGAAACUACUCGAAAGAGUACAACUGGCUAUGUGGUGUACUAUUGCAAUGGACCAGUUACCUGGUGUUCCAGAAAACAACCUGUGGUAGCUCUAUCUAGUACUGAAGCUGAGUUUAUAGCCGCAGCGGAAUGUGUUAAAGAGCUCUUGUAUAUAAAAGUAUUGAUUGAACACUUAACAAGUAAUAAUUUGAAAGUAAUUCUUAACAUUGAUAAUCAAAGUGCCAUAGCUAUUAUUAAGAAUGGCAUGAAGGGUGCCACAUGCGUAUAUCAAAGAACUGACAUAACAGCUGAAGCUCAGGAUGCUCUGUACCGUUCGUUUAUUACAGAUAAAUCUGUAAUAUCCGACAUAUCUGUGCUCACGUGA